UUAUAGAAAUUUACCAUCAAGGACAUUUAUAAAAUACUAAUACUUUAUAGGCUUGAUUUUAAAAAACGUUUAAGAGAGUUUUUGAUCGAUCAGAGGUUAGCAUGGAAAAAGGACAAUCGAUGUUAACAUGGCGUACAAGACUAUGUUAUGGUGUUGGCCACAUUUUAAACGAUCUCACAGCUUCAAUGUGGUUCACAUAUUUACUUGUGUAUCUCCAUAAAGUUAUCGGGUUCUCGAGCGUCAACUCUGGUUUUCUUCUACUGAUUGGACAAGUUGCGGAUGCGUUGGCUACUCCUCUAGUAGGCAUUGAAUCGGACCGAACCACUGGUUGUAAAUACGGCAGGAGAAAGAUUUGGCAUGUCGUCGGAGUCGUUUCUGUUGUAGUUUCUUUUCCUUUUAUUUUCAACCUGUGUAUUAAGUGUGAGAGGACUGCUCAUUGGGCUCAGUUUAUCUACUACUCGCCUUUCAUCGCAGUUUUUCAGUUUGGCUGGGCAGCCACACAGAUUUCUCAUCUCUCUUUGAUUCCUGAGUUGGCGUCCAACGAGAAUGAGAAAUGCGGAUUGAAUGCCCUCAGAUAUGCUGCAACUGUGACGUCCAAUAUAUUUGUCUUCGUUAUCACGUGGAUAAUGCUAAGUUCUGGGAAAGAAGAAGCGAAUCCCAAUCAACUGAACAAAUCAGAUGCCAAGGCCUUUACUUACGUAGUGCUGAUAGUAGUGGGCGUUGGUCUGUUCUUUGUGACCUUGUUUCACUUGGGGGUUAAGGAGCAAUCACGUGACUGUUCACAUGAAUUUGCAACAAGAUCAAGUAAGCGUUCAGCGUCUAACUGGGCCAUGUGGUUUCGAGUACCUCUCUUUUAUCAGACUGCCAUAAUGUACAUGUGUGUUCGUUUGAUUGUUAAUAUAACGCAGGUGUAUAUACCAAUGUACACAUUGGAGACGCUUCAUCUUACCAAGGAUAAAAUAGCUAUUAUGCCAUUGAUAAUAUAUGUUAGUGGAUUUGCUUCAACGUUCCUCUCAAAGCCGCUAAAUAAGUACAUUGGACGUCAGGGAGUAUUCCUAGUAGGAUCGCUAGUUAUAUUUGCUGUCUGUACGUGGAUGUGGUUUUUGCCUCCUCGAAAUGGUCAGAUAUAYGGUGCUAGCAUUCUUAUUGGUGUCGGUGGAUCAACUCUACUCGUUACUGCGUUGACAAUGCUGGCCGAUUUGAUAGGAGAGAAUGUGGAAACUGGAGCCUUUGUCUAUGGUGCCAUGAGUUUUAUGGACAAGAUGUCUAAUGGUAUUGUUGUACAAAUCAUCCAAGCAUUUUAUCCAAAAAGUACACCAUCCAAGCCCAAUGCUGGUGGUGACUAUUAUCGUAGUGUUAUGGUAUUUGUAGCAGGUACUGCUGCAUUGAUAGCUGUCAUUACAUUAUUUACUACUUACAAAACUAGGAAAACUGGUCAAGGUGCAAAAGCAACAAUAAAUCAAAGUGAUGAAAGACGCUGCCUCCUUGCUAGUGGAAGGCCUUCUAGAUCAUCUUCCUUGACCCAGGAUUACUCGUGGUCACUUGUAUGUAUAAAGGGACCACUGACACCGUAYGAACCAGCAAUGCCAUACAUAGAGACUGAAGAUUUGACUAAUUCAAUACAAUUAACAAGAUCUACAAGAGAAAGAUAUGGCAGUUCACCAAUAUUACCCUCCCCCUCUCUUUGAGAUUUAACUUAGACUACAAACAGCAAGAAUUUACAAACUUGCAUCAAGCUCUGAUUGUCAUUGAGGCCUAUACUAUAAUUUAAGUGCACAUAAUUGAUUAGUUGACGUAUUAUGCAAAGAUAAUUAUAGCUAAAUUUGUUUAUUAAAAAUCAAAGAUGUUUAUAAAAAAAUACAACAUAUUGUUUGUCAUGUUAAAUAA